AGUGGAUUGCGGAUUCGAAGUGUCAAUCGAUUCACCUAACCUAGAAGCUUUGUAAACACGUAAACACAAGGAAAGCUUUAUUACGCUAAACAAAAGUCCUAACAGGGCAGUAGCACGUACCACAAAGACGGUCCCUAGAAGAGUAAACUUGGCCGUUCGCUUAGAUUCUUUCAGCGAUGAGUUGCCAGAAAGGAAACACCGUAAGAUCCAGACCUCAGAAAUACAAGAACAAAACCGCCUUUAAAAAUAAUCUUCAUGACACGAGCCAGAGAACGAAAACGAUCAACUCUAUUUCAGUGGGAAACGUUUGCCAGAGAUGCAAAGAUAUAAUCGAAUGGAAAAUCAAGUACAAGAAGUACAAGCCUCUGAGCCAGCUUAAGACCUGCGUCAAGUGCGGCCAAAAGGCCAUUUCCAAGGCUUAUCACACUAUAUGCGAUACUUGUAGGAAGAAUUUAGGAGUGUGCGCCAAAUGCGGGGAUCAAAAAGAUGUAGUUGCACCGACAGCGACUGACUCAGAACAGGCACAGCUGGAUGAAGAAAUGAAGUCGUUGCUGAAAUCUUUGCCGGAGCGGAAGCGCAGAACGUUCGUUAGAUUUAUGAAUAAGAAAAAUGAUGAGGCCUCGCCCAGUAAGGAGGAACUGCUGAACAAGCUCGAAACCCUUAAGGUUGCAGACGAUGAAGACGGGUUUACGGAUGAAGAAAGUGAUGACUCACUUGAGUGAAGCCUCGUUACUAAUAAAACCAUUCAAUGUAAAAUUGCUGGCUGUUUUUUCCUGUUUAAUUAGUUAGCUUUAGCCAUGAAGGAAGUGAAGAUUCACUUGAGGGAAGCUCUGUUACUAAAUAAACCCAUUCAAUUGAAAA